UUGGGGUGGAGACCAGGAAGAGGCUGUGGAGCGAAUGAAGGUGGAGUUUAAAGAAGGAGGUCUGGUGUUGGGGGCGCCGAACUAUGAGGUCACUGAGGAGAAGCCGUUCAUUAUUGGGACGGACGCUGGACCUACUGCCUUGGGAGGGGUUUUGGUUCAGGCAGAUGCCGAAGGGAAGGAGAGGCCGCUGAGGUUCAAGAGUCAGACUCUCAAUACGACUGAGAGGAACUACUCUAAGUUUAAGAAGGAGACGCUGGCGGUGCUCCAUUGCCUGAGAAUCUUUCGGAACUACGUCUUUGGCAGGAGGUUCAUAUUAAAGGUGGACCCUACUGCGCUUGUCAAUUCCUUGAAGAACUAUAACCCAUCUGACCCAACCGUUGCGAGGUGGCUGACGUAUAUUUGGAUGUUCAACUUCGAGCUGGAGAGGAUUCCAGCAGAUGGGUUGAGCCGCAUCAACUGGGAUGGGUCGGAUCAAGAGUCAAUAGAAGACACCCCACCGGUUUAUGGGUUCUUGGAUCAAGAGGAAGACGUCCGCCUCCAUAUAAAUGAAUGGUCCUUGCGGGUGUCUAGUUUUGUUAGCCACCCCAUAUGGCUAGCGCCUAAAGGGUACGAGCAAAAGGAGGAGCUGGUCCUUAAGCCAUUUCAGGAGGAGGAUCCAUGGGGAAACAAGGAUGUUGGUUGGAUGAUGAAGUUGGCAUUGGCAGAUGCACACAGUCUAGUGGAGGAAGUGAGGACAAUAGAGGAAAACCCAACUCAGGUGGAAGAACAUGAUCAAUUAAUGAGAGGAAUGUAUCUGCUCACUAACACGCUUCUGCAAGGGGAUUUCGAUCGGAAGAACUUCUUUAGUCUUAUGGAAAAUAAGGACGUCAUUCCUGAAAGCCGGGAUGAUGAGUUCGAGGAAGGGGAAAUCAAGGAAGCCUUUCGUGCAGAAGAGUAUGAUGAGAUCUACCUGGAGCUAGGGCUACUCCUGUCCUGCGAGAUGAGGGAUAGAGAUGCGAGUGAUGUGGAGGCGAGGAUGCAGAGGUUGAGGCCUUCGCCGUUGGGACGUGAUGGGUUGCCCAUUCAACUGGAGGAAGGCAAUGCGGAGGAGUUCAUCUCAGCCUACGAACAGUAUAUGCGCGAUCAGGGGACUGGGCAGGAGGAGUGGAUGCAGACGUUGCCCCUUUGGACGCGAAGGGCGGAGAGGCCGUUAGCGCGGCAGAUUCGGGACGGGGCGCAUGACUGGGAGGACUGCCAGGCUCAGCUCAGACGGGCGUUCCGACGGCCAGAGCCAGAGAGACCAGAGCCCAGGGUGGAGAGACGACAGAGGAGUAAGAGGCCACGAGACCCGGAGGCGAGAGGGGCCAUAGCGACCAGGGAAGGCCGAAAGACGUUGGCACGGCGAGAGGAGCUAGUGGAGCCAGUUCAGACGGACAAGCCAACUCAGACGGAGGAGCCAGUGCAGGCAGCGGGACCGGCUCAGGUAGCGGAGCUGCCUCCUACCCAUGGGCUUGAGCAGGUGGAGUUUCGACGGAUCACGAGCAGUGACCUACAGGGCCCGCCACCGACACGGCCAAAGGAGAGGGAGGCUGUACCAUUAGAGACGCCACUCAAUAGCCUGGAGACCCAUCUCGAUGCGUCCCAGUGGAGGACUUCGCAGCUGGGGGCAGACCCAGGUGAGCCCGCACGAUAUGAGCCGGCAGAAGAGCCGCCUAAGCCGGAGCCGGAGGUUGGGCCGCGUGGGCCAGAGGAGCCACGGACUGAGGGAGUUAUUACGGUUGGGGACGAUACCCCUCCUCCCACCCCAAUCCCUCAGCAGGUACGGGAGUACUGGCCCGAGGGAAUUCCUGAGCCGGAUAGCGAGGAAGUUUCAAUACCGCCAUCGGAAGCUACUACGCCGCCUCAGAAGCAGGCAGAGCCAGAGGAGAGAGAGGAGGGGCACAUACGACUGUGGUGCCAUAGCUAUUUGAGCAUGCGGCCGAGCACUUGGACGCGGAGGUGCCAGCACCCGAGGGGCCACCGCCAGAGGGAAGUGAUGAAGCCACCAAUCGACCCCCCGACGAGGGAGCAGAGGAUUGGUGAGGCAUGGGCCAGUUACGAGGGUAAGAGGGAUGCUGCCCGUGUGAGGUCGCGAGAGGCAGGGCAGGAGGACGAGAGGGUGGAUGAGGCACGAGAGACUGGGGACUUGGGAUUUUCAGCUGCCAGGAUGGCAAUCGAGCGUACAGACAGGGAGAUACGCCAGGUGGCGACCACGUCCUUCCAGCGAUUUACCAUGCUUAGCGACGAGUUGGCGACCUCGAGGAUGGAGGUGGAGCAACUGUCUGUUCAGCUAGCAGAAGAAAGGGCAGAGAACCAGGCCUGGAGGUCUCGCAUGGAAGCCAAGGAAGCUGAAUGGGAGAGGAGGCUCCAGGAUAUGGUGGCAGCUGUGGAGAGGCUUUCGGCCACCAAGGUGGUCGAUUGGACAGAGCAGAGUCGGUAUGGUAUCCAAGGAGAGGAGGUGCGGGGGCUCUUUAGCCAGGGAGGGACAGCAGAGCCACUUCAGCAAGAGGGGAUGAAGAAGGUAUUCCUGGAUCCAGCGGAAGCGGAAGCAAGGCGGAAGGCCGAGGAGGAGAGUUUCAGCUUCAAGGCCCCCACAGAGCUAGCUUCGCAACAGGCCAACCCCAUGGCAAUUGAGAUCCCUGCGGGCGAGUCAGUGCAGAGACCCCAAUCCCCACUGGUGGGAAGGGGUCCUGCAGAGGAGUCCCCUAUGAUUCUUUUGGAGGUGCAAGGUGGUACCCUUACGGGGGCAGUGGCGUCCGCUGAGCCAAAGGCAAUGGAGGAGGAGGCAUCUUGUUUGGAUGAGCUAGUGGCGGCCAUGGGGCUGGACAUGCCAUCAGGGGGGCCUCAGAGACACGAGACCCCGGAGCACGUGCCAGAAAGGGGGGAGUUGAGGACACAGUUGGGCUCUUGGGCCACAGAGGCUGACUCCGGCGGACCCACCUCAGAGCAGCAGCAUGAGGUUAUGAGCGAGCCAGUGGCUACCGUGACUCCCCAGCCUUCAGAGCCGCAUAGGGAAAGGAAGGCGACUACGAUGGAGGGGGCCCGUGAGGGUAGGCCACAGAGAUUGGACACCCCGACGUAUCGGGCUGAGGGGGGUGAGAUGCGAGCAGGGCCGAGUACCCAGACAUUGGAGGCGAGACCAGAGGAGUCGUGGAGUAUGCCCCAGAGUCAUGAGAUGAGCAGAGAGACCAGCGAGGCACCGUCGUCGCCAGGAUCUCGGAAGAAGAAGAGAAAAUACCAAAGGAGGUCAGAUGAUCAGUGUUUUUUCUGCAAGCAUGGCAUACACAGAGCCCUCGAGUGUCCGAAGUUCCUGAAAGACAAGGCAACUGGGAAAGUGACAAAGAGCGGUGGGAAGAUGUAUGAUAGGCGAGGUCGAGUGGUAGAGCGAGCUCUGGAUAGGGACCAGGAAGAGGCUGUGGAGCGAAUGAAGGUGGAGUUUAAAGAAGGAGGUCUGGUGUUGGGGGCGCCGAACUAUGAGGUCACUGAGGAGAAGCCGUUCAUUAUUGGGACGGACGCUGGACCUACUGCCUUGGGAGGGGUUUUGGUUCAGGCAGAUGCCGAAGGGAAGGAGAGGCCGCUGAGGUUCAAGAGUCAGACUCUCAAUACGACUGAGAGGAACUACUCUAAGUUUAAGAAGGAGACGCUGGCGGUGCUCCAUUGCCUGAGAAUCUUUCGGAACUACGUCUUUGGCAGGAGGUUCAUAUUAAAGGUGGACCCUACUGCGCUUGUCAAUUCCUUGAAGAACUAUAACCCAUCUGACCCAACCGUUGCGAGGUGGCUGACGUAUAUUUGGAUGUUCAACUUCGAGCUGGAGAGGAUUCCAGCAGAUGGGUUGAGCCGCAUCAACUGGGAUGGGUCGGAUCAAGAGUCAAUAGAAGACACCCCACCGGUUUAUGGGUUCUUGGAUCAAGAGGAAGACGUCCGCCUCCAUAUAAAUGAAUGGUCCUUGCGGGUGUCUAGUUUUGUUAGCCACCCCAUAUGGCUAGCGCCUAAAGGGUACGAGCAAAAGGAGGAGCUGGUCCUUAAGCCAUUUCAGGAGGAGGAUCCAUGGGGAAACAAGGAUGUUGGUUGGAUGAUGAAGUUGGCAUUGGCAGAUGCACACAGUCUAGUGGAGGAAGUGAGGACAAUAGAGGAAAACCCAACUCAGGUGGAAGAACAUGAUCAAUUAAUGAGAGGAAUGUAUCUGCUCACUAACACGCUUCUGCAAGGGGAUUUCGAUCGGAAGAACUUCUUUAGUCUUAUGGAAAAUAAGGACGUCAUUCCUGAAAGCCGGGAUGAUGAGUUCGAGGAAGGGGAAAUCAAGGAAGCCUUUCGUGCAGAAGAGUAUGAUGAGAUCUACCUGGAGCUAGGGCUACUCCUGUCCUGCGAGAUGAGGGAUAGAGAUGCGAGUGAUGUGGAGGCGAGGAUGCAGAGGUUGAGGCCUUCGCCGUUGGGACGUGAUGGGUUGCCCAUUCAACUGGAGGAAGGCAAUGCGGAGGAGUUCAUCUCAGCCUACGAACAGUAUAUGCGCGAUCAGGGGACUGGGCAGGAGGAGUGGAUGCAGACGUUGCCCCUUUGGACGCGAAGGGCGGAGAGGCCGUUAGCGCGGCAGAUUCGGGACGGGGCGCAUGACUGGGAGGACUGCCAGGCUCAGCUCAGACGGGCGUUCCGACGGCCAGAGCCAGAGAGACCAGAGCCCAGGGUGGAGAGACGACAGAGGAGUAAGAGGCCACGAGACCCGGAGGCGAGAGGGGCCAUAGCGACCAGGGAAGGCCGAAAGACGUUGGCACGGCGAGAGGAGCUAGUGGAGCCAGUUCAGACGGACAAGCCAACUCAGACGGAGGAGCCAGUGCAGGCAGCGGGACCGGCUCAGGUAGCGGAGCUGCCUCCUACCCAUGGGCUUGAGCAGGUGGAGUUUCGACGGAUCACGAGCAGUGACCUACAGGGCCCGCCACCGACACGGCCAAAGGAGAGGGAGGCUGUACCAUUAGAGACGCCACUCAAUAGCCUGGAGACCCAUCUCGAUGCGUCCCAGUGGAGGACUUCGCAGCUGGGGGCAGACCCAGGUGAGCCCGCACGAUAUGAGCCGGCAGAAGAGCCGCCUAAGCCGGAGCCGGAGGUUGGGCCGCGUGGGCCAGAGGAGCCACGGACUGAGGGAGUUAUUACGGUUGGGGACGAUACCCCUCCUCCCACCCCAAUCCCUCAGCAGGUACGGGAGUACUGGCCCGAGGGAAUUCCUGAGCCGGAUAGCGAGGAAGUUUCAAUACCGCCAUCGGAAGCUACUACGCCGCCUCAGAAGCAGGCAGAGCCAGAGGAGAGAGAGGAGGGGCACAUACGACUGUGGUGCCAUAGCUAUUUGAGCAUGCGGCCGAGCACUUGGACGCGGAGGUGCCAGCACCCGAGGGGCCACCGCCAGAGGGAAGUGAUGAAGCCACCAAUCGACCCCCCGACGAGGGAGCAGAGGAUUGGUGAGGCAUGGGCCAGUUACGAGGGUAAGAGGGAUGCUGCCCGUGUGAGGUCGCGAGAGGCAGGGCAGGAGGACGAGAGGGUGGAUGAGGCACGAGAGACUGGGGACUUGGGAUUUUCAGCUGCCAGGAUGGCAAUCGAGCGUACAGACAGGGAGAUACGCCAGGUGGCGACCACGUCCUUCCAGCGAUUUACCAUGCUUAGCGACGAGUUGGCGACCUCGAGGAUGGAGGUGGAGCAACUGUCUGUUCAGCUAGCAGAAGAAAGGGCAGAGAACCAGGCCUGGAGGUCUCGCAUGGAAGCCAAGGAAGCUGAAUGGGAGAGGAGGCUCCAGGAUAUGGUGGCAGCUGUGGAGAGGCUUUCGGCCACCAAGGUGGUCGAUUGGACAGAGCAGAGUCGGUAUGGUAUCCAAGGAGAGGAGGUGCGGGGGCUCUUUAGCCAGGGAGGGACAGCAGAGCCACUUCAGCAAGAGGGGAUGAAGAAGGUAUUCCUGGAUCCAGCGGAAGCGGAAGCAAGGCGGAAGGCCGAGGAGGAGAGUUUCAGCUUCAAGGCCCCCACAGAGCUAGCUUCGCAACAGGCCAACCCCAUGGCAAUUGAGAUCCCUGCGGGCGAGUCAGUGCAGAGACCCCAAUCCCCACUGGUGGGAAGGGGUCCUGCAGAGGAGUCCCCUAUGAUUCUUUUGGAGGUGCAAGGUGGUACCCUUACGGGGGCAGUGGCGUCCGCUGAGCCAAAGGCAAUGGAGGAGGAGGCAUCUUGUUUGGAUGAGCUAGUGGCGGCCAUGGGGCUGGACAUGCCAUCAGGGGGGCCUCAGAGACACGAGACCCCGGAGCACGUGCCAGAAAGGGGGGAGUUGAGGACACAGUUGGGCUCUUGGGCCACAGAGGCUGACUCCGGCGGACCCACCUCAGAGCAGCAGCAUGAGGUUAUGAGCGAGCCAGUGGCUACCGUGACUCCCCAGCCUUCAGAGCCGCAUAGGGAAAGGAAGGCGACUACGAUGGAGGGGGCCCGUGAGGGUAGGCCACAGAGAUUGGACACCCCGACGUAUCGGGCUGAGGGGGGUGAGAUGCGAGCAGGGCCGAGUACCCAGACAUUGGAGGCGAGACCAGAGGAGUCGUGGAGUAUGCCCCAGAGUCAUGAGAUGAGCAGAGAGACCAGCGAGGCACCGUCGUCGCCAGGAUCUCGGAAGAAGAAGAGAAAAUACCAAAGGAGGUCAGAUGAUCAGUGUUUUUUCUGCAAGCAUGGCAUACACAGAGCCCUCGAGUGUCCGAAGUUCCUGAAAGACAAGGCAACUGGGAAAGUGACAAAGAGCGGUGGGAAGAUGUAUGAUAGGCGAGGUCGAGUGGUAGAGCGAGCUCUGGAUAGGGGUACGGCUCAACUAUAUAGCCAUAACUAGGAGGACAUGAGUGAGUAGGGGCUGGUCCAUCUAUAUGUCAGUAGGACUAAGGUUCCUCUGCACGCAGAGGUCGGAUUAGAGGUGUAUAUAGGUCG